AUGAAGGUCAUUAUCAUUGGUGCUGGUCUAGGCGGUCUCACUGCUGCUUCCGCCUUUGCAAAGAGCGGUCAUGAAGUCCAAGUCCUUGAGCGGAGCCCCAAGCUAAACCCCACAGGAGGAGGCAUCAGCAUCAGGCCAAGCGCAAGCAAGGUCAUUCAGAGCUGGGGAUUCCAGUCGACCCUGGAGCAAAUCUGCGACAGAUCACCAUCCGUCACAUACCGCGAGCUAAACACCGGAGAGAUCCGGACCACCGUCGUUGAUGCUCCCGAACAUGCCGACUGGGGUUCUACGAGAAGGGCCUUUGUCAAGCUGCUCCAGUACCAAGCAGCUCAGGCCGGAGCACAGAUUCGAUUCGGCGCAAACGUGGUCAAAGUUUUUGAUGAUGAGACAAAGGCUACUGUGACGCUGGAAGGCGGGGAGGAACUUGUGUGUGAUAUUCUCAUAGCGGCAGACGGCAUCAAGUCACACACUCGCCGGGCGGUACUAUCAGACCUUGGGCCUCCCGAGAAAUGGGAUCCUAUUAUCGACCAGACCACCUUUUACAGCUUUGAUAUGGCCGUCUCCGAGCUGACCGUCGACCCGAGAUCGAUGAAGCUGACGGAAAACUCAAACAUCACCACCUGGAAGGGCGAGGGCGGCUUCGUCGUGACCCGAUACAGCUCCAAGUUCGGCAGGAUCGGCCUCCUCUUUGCCAUCCAAGGAGAGACAGACCAGAAGAGCCUUUGGGACGAAAAGGGCGACAUAGAGUUUGUGCGCCGCUUCUUCAAGGACGCAUGCAGCGACAUGGUCAAGGCCCUGGGAAUUGCAAAGUCUUGCGACCGCUGGCGAGUUGCCGAAGUGCCCGACCUGCCACGCUGGUCGAGCAAGGCCGGCAGGAUUGUGCUGUUGGGCGACGCUGCUCACGCGAUGCACCCCAACGCCGCGCAGGGGUAUUCGACCAUUAUCGAAGACAUUGGCGUGCUGCAGUUGCUCUUGUCCGCUGGCUCUACGGCCUCCGUGCCGCAGGUUGUGAAUGCCUGGCAGGCUAUUUGCAAGCCUAGGGCGGAGCGGGUGAAGGCGUUUUCGCGAUGGAACACGAAGCACCUGUCGGGAAAGACGGAGCAUGCGAUUGGCGUUUCUCACGCGGAUAGUGUGCUGGAGAAGGUUGUGCCGGAUAAGAACGCUGACUUCAGUAGUCUGGAGUUUUGGAAGUGGAAUGCGGAUUAUGAUGCCAUUGGCGAGGCAAAGAAAUAUCUGGCAGAGACCAACAGCACACCGUCUAAGCUGUAG